CGUCCCGCAGAAGAAGCACAGCAGCCAACACGCAGGGUGCAGCUGCCCCUUGUGCGAGCGUGCGGUGCGUGUGCCUUCCUGCUCUGGCACUAUUUCCCCCCCCCUACCCCUUCUCUCUCUCUCCCUCUCUCUGUUCUGUUGGGAAUUUUUUUGUUAAAGGUUUCAUUUGGGGUUGCGGUUGUGUUGCUGGGCAGCUGCUCGCAAAGUAUUUGUACAAGGAAAGUUUGCGUCGUUAAAUCGGCAUGAGAUAGACACGAAAAAGUAGAAAACAAAAACGAAUCAGGCGCUCCUGCAAAGACCGCUUGACUCCUUCUCGCCCGAAACUUUUUUUUGUUUCGGAUUUGCUGGCGGCCACUGGGACCGGGUUGGCUUUUUUGGAGUGGGCGAUUUUUUUAUUUUUAAAAGCCGAACCCAAGGAAGGGGGGAGGCGGGACGUGGGGGAGGUGGUGGCCGCAACGCGUGGACUCAAAUUCGCGGACUCGCGCGAGAGAGAGGAGAGAAGAGCGAGAUAGAUCUUGGAUUCCUUGUCCUCUCCGUCUGCAGCAGAAGCGCUUGGGCGAAACUCACGGCAAGGGCAAGGGGGGGUGGUGGGGGCGGCCGGGGAGAAUGUCAGCCAUGAGCGACAAACUCUCCAUCAACGACCACCUGGAGGGCAUCCUCUCUGACUUUGAAGCGCUGAAGCGGUCCUUCGAGAUCGAUGACUUAGAGCAACUGCCGUCCGGCGCGACCAUGGAGGUGUCCAGCCCCGGGGGUGGCCUGCUGAUUGAGGAGAAGCCAAAGUCCGCCGUCGCGAGCUUCCAGGAGUCGAAGCGUGCCGAGCUGAGCAGCCCUCUUGGCUCGCGGCACGUGACGAGCCUCGUCCACACGCCAAACUCGGGCGCCAGGGCCAGCCCAGACUUCGGUGCCGGCUUCUGCCCCAUUCCCAACGCCCGGGCCAGGGCCUACAAUGGCUCCGGCUUCACACUGGGCGAGCCUGUGCACUUGAGCGCUGCCACCAGUCCCAAGGCCUCCGUGAGCAUCGUAAGCACCAGCAGCGGCGGUGGCGCCUCCAGCCCGAGUCCGGCCACGCGGCCCAAAAUGCGCUCCGUGUCCAACGUGGAUGCUCCGAACGUCGACCACCAGCCCGCGUCUCCUUUCGUGCAGAGCCCCGCGUUCCAGCAUUCGGCCGGCAGGAGCAACGGAGCUUCCGCGAGCUUCACCGUCGUCCCGAGUCCAGGCCUAGCAUCCAGGACCAGGCCCAGCAAUGGCAUUAAGAGCUCCAUUUCAAUCGACAACCCCGAUCUCUCCCACUCUUCCGGCUCUGCCUUCGGCCCAGGAGUGAUUUCCGCCGGCAAACCGUCGCCGCAUUCCAGAUACAAGCCUCAAACCGAGUACAGCAGCACCCCUAUCGCCAGGGCUUAUGAAAGCAACUUCAACGCAGCAUCAGGCGGCAGCGGCGUUUCUGUCCCUCGCGCUUCCCAGAGCUUCAGGGUCAAGCCGUCUGACGGCUCGAGCUCGCUCUACAGAUCCAGCUCCCUCAAGAGCCCCGACUACGUCGCGAGCACCAGCCUCGUGCUCAACACCGCCCCCCCUGCCGCCAAAGUCACCGGGCCCGGCGGUUACACGCACAAGGCGAGCCCCACCGUGAGCCCGCGCUACCGAUUCCCCAACGGCUCCACCUCGUCCAUCUCCAGCUCCAGCUCGUACGACGAGCAGAAUCUGAGCGGCGCGGCUCCGGGCUACGCAGGAAGCGUGGGACGCUCCCUUGGCGCAGGCGCCAGCGUCAGCCGUGCCUCCAUCUCCUCCGUCGGGACCGAGGGGAGCACCGCGCCUGGCACGGCUGAGCCCGUGGGGAGUCCCGUCUUCUCGCCGUCGCCGUCCGCCGGUGAGCCGGUCUCCGUCGCGGCGUCGCGCUCCAGCUCCGCGUCCAGCGGCGCCGACAGCCACGGCAAGGGCGGCAGCCCGGCCCCCAGCCCCGUCCCACGUGGGGGGGAGAAGCAGGCCCCUCGUGGCCCGCCGCCGAUGGCCCCCGUGGCCACCGCCGUCGCCGCCGCCGCACCCCCGCAGGCCUUCAAGCCGUACCAUGGCCACGUCGACGGGGAGGUGCUGGCGCCAGCGACGCUGGCAACCUCGGUCCACGGGUCGCAAGCGGCGGCGGUGACACCGCCGCCAUCGUCACAGCUGCCCUUCAAGGAGCAAUCAUCUCCGAGGCCUCAGGUGGAGCGCAGUCAGCAGCAGCAGCUGCAGCAGCACCGGCAGCAGCAGCAACAGCAGCAGUUUCAGAAGCAGCAGCAGCUGAUGCAACUGCAGCAGCAGCAACAACAACAACAGCAACAACUGAUGCAGCAGCAGCAACAGCAGCAACAGCAGCAGCAGCUGAUGCAGCAGCAGCAGCAGCAGUUCCAGAAGCAGCAGCUGCAGAAGCAGCAGCAGCAGCAGGAGCACCCAGUGGUGGCUGCACGGGUGUCUGAAGCGAGGAUGGCAAGUCCAGGAGGAGUCAUUUCCUUCGGGAGCCAGUCGCAGGCCAUGAGCGAGCGGGAGGGGGGAGGCGAGCUCACGCCGCGCGCCACGAGGAACGGGUUCGGCUCGACGGAGCUGCCUAGCGGGCCCCCCAGGGCGACGGAGCCGCCGGGCGGGGAUGGCGGGGUGGCCCCCGGCGAACCGGCGCUGCUGCCGCGCCCCCCGUGGAAGGGCAUCGGCGUGGAGCUCUUCGGCUACGUGGGCAUCGACGCGGUGCUGGAGCAGAUGAGACGGAAAGCCAUGAAGCAAGGGCUGGAGUUCAACGUCAUGAUCGUCGGUCAGAGCGGCCUGGGCAAGUCGACGCUGGUCAACACACUCUUCAAGUCCCGCGUCAGCCGCAAGUCGUGCACCCCCAACUACCAAGAAAAAAUCCUCAAGACGGUGGAGAUCCAGUCCGUUAGUCACGUCAUCGAGGAGAAGGGCGUGAAGAUGAAGCUCACCGUUAUCGACACGCCCGGGUUCGGCGACCAAAUCAACAACGAGAAUUGCUGGGAACCCAUCCUCAAGUACAUCGGCGAGCAGUACGAGAAGUACCUGCGCGAAGAGGUGCGCAUCACCCGCAAGCGCCACAUCCCCGACACGCGUGUGCACUGCUGCAUCUACUGCAUCCCGCCCAGCGGCCACUCGCUGCGUCCCCUGGACGUGGAGUUCAUGCAGCACCUGAGCAAGGUGGUGAGCGUGGUGCCCGUCAUCACCAAGGCGGACACGCUCACGCUGGAGGAGCGGCAUCUCUUCCGGCAGAGGAUUCAAGCGGACCUGGUGGCCCACGGGAUUGACGUGUACCCCCAGUGCGAGUUUGAUGAGGACGAGCAGGGCCGCCUGGAGAACGCCGAAGUGAGGGAAAAGAUUCCAUUUGCGGUGGUGGGCAGCGAUCGUGAGUAUCAGGAGAACGGCAGACGAGUGCUGGGACGCAAAACUCGCUGGGGCCUCGUAGAAGUCGAGAACAUUAACCACUGCGAGUUUGCCCUGCUGAGAGAUCUCCUCAUAAGGUCACACAUGGAGGACCUCAAAGACGUGACCCACAGCAUCCUGUACGAAACGUACCGGGUGCGGCGCCUCAACGAGACCAACGGCAUGGCGGCCUGGAAGUCUCCCUCCAACGGCCACCGGGAGAAGGACGGCGGGGACCUUGCGGAGAGCAGCAUCUAGACCUCGAGUCGCCGCCGGACCUUUUAAUCGCACGCGUUCGUCGCCGAGGAGCGCAAGUGACAAGCCCACCACCACCACCCACCACCCACCCACCCCAGAAGCAGUGCCAAGCCUUCAACCGCGGUCUGAUGGAAACGAGGGCCACGUGCUCACAGCGGGCAGUGUUGCGGGUUCUUUUGAGCGUGGUGAGCACUGGCAAUGGGAGUCGAUGGGGGGAAAAUGUGAUCGAGGUUGGUGCACUGAACAUCUGUGACAGAUUUCAAGAAUAUCAAACCAGACGGCUUAGGAGAUAUCUGAAGCCUCUAACAAAAAGGCGUGAGCGUCGGAGCAGAAAAAUAUGAUUUUCAUGCAAAGUAGAAAAAUGUCAAGAUUUGGAAGAUUUCUGUUCCUUGGGGCCAGUUUAAAUGGGAAUUUCUUGCCUGGCCGCCAAAGUUAUAGACAUAGAGAAAAAUAAAACCCAGCCAGCUAUCUGAAAUGUAAAAAUAAAAUAAUCUUUUCAACCAUCGACUGCCCAUAAACGCCAACAAAGCAAGUGCGUAUUUUCAGCGGCGACCUAAAAUAAACGGAGAAAAGGCAUCUUUCAACCUGACCUUUUUUGGCGAAAGAGCUCGCAACGAAAGCAAAGAAAGUGCCACCGGAAUCUCACGCAAAACAGCGCUUGUUAUUUCAUAAGGAGGCGCGUCUUUUUCGUACGUUUAAAACACGUGGAAUUAAAUAACGCCGCGGCAUGCGCAACGCUAAACCCUUUUGGGAACGGGGAUGAGAUUAAGUGGCACUGACGUUAAACGGAGUUAAACCAGCGUAAUUACAUGCCGAGGUGUCACAUUGGAUAUUUUUUACCCCCCUGCCGUGGCUGGCUCGGUGUUCAAACGAGUUCCCAACAAAGUGACGUUUCAUCGCUUGCUCCGGCGGAGGCGUCGGUGGAAUUAUAUUUGGAGUCUCGAGCGAGCAAGAUGGCGAGCCGUUUAACGAGCCGCGUUGUGAAAUAACAAAACGUGUGAAAGGUUUAUAACCAUCGCAGAUAGUCUCCAUUCAGUAUAUCCGUAACUUCUGAUUGAAAUGAAUAAUUAAUUGUACGCUGAAGCUUUUCUUUUCUAGCAUCAUGAGUUCUUGGAGGAGUUAAGUCGUUGUUCCUGUGGGUCGAAUGUUGUAUUUGUUAAGUAGGCUCACGAAUGGAGUAAUGAUCUUUAUUCGAACUCUAAAAGUCUCUAAUACGGCGAAGUAACUGUUUUAAAUAUUUUUUAUUUUAUUCAGAUAUGCAUCGUUGAUUGGCAGGUCGCCACACAGGCUGGGGUUAAGUGUGGCUACUUCCACCUCUUCCAAGAGCUCCCUCUAGUGAAUGCCCUUUGGUCAGCAGUGGCCUGAACAAGCAAUUGCAGGGGCUGCACCUUUAUGCAUAUGACUUUAAACAUUGUUUAAUGUGACCACUAAAACUGUCUGAGCUGAAGCAUUUCCCCCUUUUCUUGUUUUUUCACGAAUUCGCCGUCACAAAUGCUCGUGUCUGCAAAGGGCAAAUGUCAUUUCACCCGUUGGUAUGAACGCUUUAGCAAGUGCCAAAAUGAAUACGGCACCGUAUUUGCAUUGUGCGCACAACAGACGGUCGACCAAAAAAAAAAAGUGAAAUGCAAGCUGUGUAAACUACGCGGACCGGCAUUUUCCGAGAAAAUUUCACAAUGCACGUUGAGAUGGGAUGGAUACAGAUUUUAGUUUCACCGUCCUAGGCAAAUACAUCCCUUCACAAUAACAUUCCUGUUUUGACAUUUACCAUGAUUGAAUUUUCUCUUUGAAACAAUUUUUCUUGCUGUUUUGUAAAGCGUGGCUUUUAUUUUUGCAACACGGUAAUUUUGCGGACGUAUGUUUAACGGAAGUAUGUUUACUUCUGUAUAGACAGCGAAUUAAGUUACAUGAGCAAUUUGAACAAUUGUAUGCAACCGGGAGGAGUGUCUAAUGCAGAUUGAAUAGAAGGAGGGCCAUGAUCCCCAACAUGUUUGAGAAAGGCCCCGUUACACGCGGAGAGAAAGAGAGAGUUUACUUCAUAUAUAUAGGUUUUACUUUCAUUCAAACUCCAGCGCGCGCACGCAUUAAUGCCACUCUAAUUUCUCGACAAAGUUUGCCAAUGUCAGAGACUAACAUUUAAAGAGUAUCUCUCUCACGUGAUUUUCUCACAAUUCAAACGGACGGUGGUAAGCGGUGAAAGGGCAACACUCUCUGCUGGCACUGUGAUCGUUCUUGAAAUGCUCUCUCUCUCUCUCUGUUGCGUUCUGCCGAUGGUACUGCGCGCAAGUCAUCAUCAUCAUCAAACUCUAUGGGCAGAAAGCCUGUCCGUAGGUGUCCACUGCAAGUUUUUGCGCAAGUACGGCAGCCAAUAUUCACGUUCAGCUUCCUCGCUAAACAUCACGAGGCUAACAUUUUUUUUCCCCCCGUGUCAGCAUUUCUAAUGAAACCUUUUCUGUUGUUGUUUUACAAAGGGGAUGAUGAAACACACUUUUUUUUGUAUGAUAACAUGUUUUAUAUAUAUGUAUGCUUAUGCAUAGGGGUUGUGCGUGAUGUUCGCUCGCAAUAAUUCAUUUAAAAAAUGUUAAUUAUUACGAAUAAAAAAAAAUAAUUCAAUUUAAAAAUAGCUGCAGGCCUUUUUUAAGGGGGGUGAAAAUUCCUAUUAAAGAGAUUUUCUUAUCAAAUAUAUUUUUAAAUGUAUACGACUCGGUGCUUUGUUGUUGUGUAACCUCUGUAAUUUGAAGCAUAUUGGUUAGUAAAGCAUCAUUUAACAAAAACACGUUGCAUAAGUCGCACUGUGAGUCCCCAUUACGAUGUAUGGUAUAUCAUUGUUUUUACGCCAUCAUUGUGAUGUUAACGAAUGUUAUAAAUGCAUCUACUUUUUUUCGUCUGAAAAUAACCAAAUCACAACUGGCUUUACAUUAGUCGUGACCGUGCCAACUUAAGAACACCUAUACGUCUCAAUUCAUUCAACAAAAGUAUCCCAUGUAACAUAGAGUAUAUAUCAGUAUUUUAAUUCUUACUUUUGCCACGUUUAUAGCACAGGUAUACGUUCACGGUUUUUUUCUUCUUUCUUCUUUCUCCCUAUGGUUAUUUGCACUUUCUUAAAGGCUUUGGCUAGGGCCAGAGUGAUGGAAUGUUGCUUGGCAUUUUUCAGAGCGAAUAAUGCCACCUACUGACAGCUUAAAAUAUAUUCCUCGUGGUAGGAGCAAGAAACGCCCCCACGUGCAAACUGCCCAAACCCGAGUGUCAUCACGAGGGCCGCUUCGCUACAGGUCUACGUGCGUGGUCGAAUAUUUAGUCCAAAUUGUACAUACACUUCGUUGUGCUACCACCACCACCACGUAAUACUUCUCACAAAUGUACCUAACAAAGCAAAAUGUCCGAGCCUUCCCUUGUCCUCGACAAUGCAAUUGGCCAUCAAUAACAAUAACGCCGUUCGCUCACUCGAGAUGCACGGUGAGUUUGGUGUCGGACUUGGCGGCUCGUAUGGAGGGUGAUCCCCUCGUUGGGGGGUGGGGGGGAUUUGUCCUGGAAAUGAAGCCUGCAAAUUCAACGAUGCACCAGUGAGCUGGUAUAUUUCGGUGAGUCAUGGCAAUGCAGGGCAAACUGCAGGCUGGUUUUCGUGCUGAGGAUGUCAAAUCGUUUAAAUCGGGGGGGGGGGGGGGGGGGGUAGGUGUAAACUGGCAAGGGCCGAUGUGUGACGAGCCCAAGUCUCUGACAGCUUGUACACAACGCCCGGCCCAUUAGAUGUGUAAUGAGUGUAACAGCAGAAAUCCCUGCCUCUGCCAAGACACUUCUACGCUCGGUCGGGAUUUUUGUUCCUUAACGAAAUUGGACAGCUUUGAUUUUUAUUUUUUAUUUUCUCUCUUCUACAAUUGCCCUUUUUUGGCAAUUUUCGAUCCGUCGCUGAACGCCCAUACACGAACGGGUUUAAAGACCGUCGUGAAAUAGCGGCGGUUCGCUGAGUGGGCGGUAACCAGUUGAGUCUGCGCACAGCGAACGCGCGUGCGCAUGGCAAAGAGCGCGCGAUCAACGCCGAUCAUUGUGUGUGCAGCCCUUUUUGCCAAUCCGCGGUGACAUGAGAGCCACCCCCUCCCAAACCGUGCACGUGUUAGGGCUGGUGGAAGGCGAGGAGCAUAGACGCGGCAGCGUGGUAGAGUACAACAAUGGAUCUUUGUUUGUUGUUGCCGUAGUGCCAUUCGCUGCCCUACGUUGCCCCUGAUGAAUGAUACUUUACGCGAAUGCCCUCGAGCCAGCAUCAUUGACCGGUGCAUCGCGGAUCAUGGAGCAUUCUCCACCCCCCCCCACCCCCUACGGUGUUACAGCCACAUCGUGAUGGGCGAGUAAACCCGCCCAACUGAUUGGACGUCUGUCAAAAGGAGCUUUAUAGCUCACGGGAUUCCUCCAGCAUGAAUAAAUAUUACGAUUCUGAAAACAGUGGUUCACUCAUUUUAGAUUUGAAGCUUUCGUGACUGCAAGGAUUCAUAUUCUUACUCCUUACUCUUUGGUUCACUCCUUACUCUUUUGGUUCUUUCGGUAAAGUCACGUAGGUAUAAAAAAUUAAUAAAAAAUUUAAUCACGACGUUUCGGGCGCAACACAAGCGUCCGUCAUCGCCCGAAACGUCGUAAUUAAAUUUUUAUUUUUUUUAUUUUUUUAUACCUACGUGACUUUACCGAAAGAACCAAAGAGUAUAGAUCUCUGCAGUCACGAAAACUUCAAAUCUGGAGUGGUUCCCUCCCUCGAAAUAUUCUCUCCCAAAUGCCCCUUAAAUGUGGGUGCGGUGUCCAUGUGGUCUAUUCGGCGCGACAGAUGGCUUAAUUCGCUUACCUGAAGGGCAAGAGAUCCACAUAUGCUGUACAUAAGGUAUACGCAAAAUCAAUUCCAUCGCUUCUUUAUCCGUGCAUAGUUUAACGAAGCAAUUAUACAAAUGAAUACUAUUGCCACUGGAUAGGCAUACGCGUCUCACUUUGUUGCGUAUGUACUUUAAGUAAGGCACGAUAUGACGUCAAGUACUGUGUUAGGACACUCGCUAUAUCGAUACCGGCACAUUGCAUUAGAGGUCACGCGAGUUUAUCCAGCGCUGAACUCGGAUGUUUACGUCUGACUAUAACGAUUGCAUUUCAUUUGCCAUUGAAUAUUGAAUAAGUCUGUACUCCCGUCUAAAAAUGGUGUUCCUGCUUUCAUUACAGAGGCUUAUGUGAUUUGUCUUUUUUGUAUGGAAGGAGGUGAGUUGGAGGGCCGGUGGCGGAGGGGAGGGGGUAUGGGAUUGAUGUUUUGUUAUAUUCAUCAACUUUUUUUGUCUCGACGUACAGUUAAACCCGCGAUCGUAAACAAACAAAAAAAAAUUG